AUGGAGCUUCUCGAGGAAAAGACCUUGCAGGUCUCACGAGGCUUCACUUACACCUACUACGCCAGCGCGGCCAAGCAUAAUCUUCCCGCAUUGUUAAUGAUACAUGGCUUUCCAGACUCGCCUGAAGAGUUCUCCGAUGUCGUCCGCGACUAUCUGCUUCCCAACGGGUACGGUGUCAUUGCAGUUGACUGUCUCGGCUAUGGUGGGACUUCAAAGCCACUUGACAGAGAAGCCUACAAUUACCAGCUGCUUGCCCAAGACCUCGAAGAAAUCAUCAACAAAGAGUCAGUUGACCAAGUAAUCAGCACGGGACACGAUUGGGGUACAGAUAUUCAUCUGGUCCAACAGGGCUCUCCUAUCGCGCAGCGGUUCUACAACUUUUAUCCCAAUCGUGUCUGCGGGUUGGUCCUGCUUAAUGCCGCAUACAUCGCGCCAUCCACACAACCCUUCGACCUAGACAAGGUCAUUGAGCUGAAUACCAAACGUUUCGGCCAUGGUACCCACUGGUACUGGAAGCUGUUCACGGCGCCCAAUGCAGCACAGAUACUCGACGCCCACCUCGAGUCUCAAUGGACCCUACUCCACGCCGAGCCUGAAAGCUGGCUCGAGACUUUGACUGUGAAGGACGGUGUCCGCAAUUUCAUCCUCCAGGACAAAAAGCUGCCUGUCCUGCCGUAUGCCACGGAGCAAAGACGGCUCCGCUGGCUUGAACGAUUCAAAUCUGGUGGAUUCGACGCUCCCCUCAGCUACUACCGUGCUGUUACCUUCGGCACUCAAGACAAGGCUCUCGCAGCUAUACUACCGGAAAAUUAUGUCGUCAAGGUGCCGCAUCUGUUUUGGGGUGGGAAGAGGGAUUAUGUCUGCCCGCCAGAACUUUGCGAUUACAGUUUCAAAGCAGGACUCCUGCCGGACUGUACGAAAGUCGUGGUCGACUCGGGUCACUGGGCUCACUUGGAUCGUCCCGCAGACUUCGGGGACACUUUGCUGGGCUGGUUGAAAAAGAAGUUCCCAAGACCACGCCUCUGA